AUGACUGAUGGGAAGAAAGUAGCACUGGUCUUCGGUGCCAGUGGGAUCUCCGGAUGGGCCGUGACCAAGAACUUACUGUCCUAUCCAACUGAUACCACGUUUGAUCGAGUUAUUGGUUUAAUGUAUCGCCAACGGACCAUUGCUGAGAGCGGCCUACCUCAAGACCCCCGACUGGAGCUGUACUCAGGAGUGGAUCUCCGUACGGACCUUGAAACUGUGAAAAAGCAGAUGCAGGAACGCAUUCCAGACCUAGAUCAAGUUACCCACGUGUACUAUCUCGCAUACUCCAAUGCUACCGCAUACACCGAAAAUGUGAUGGGUAUCAAGGAUAUCAAUAAGGGCAUGACAUAUAACGCUGUCCACGCAGCUGAUACUCUCUGCUCGCGGCUUCAAUUUUUUGUUCUCCAGACUGGAACUAAUAACUAUGGGGUUGCAGUGUUCCAGUACAUGGACAAGAUUGAGAUCAACCCUCCUCUAAGGGAAGAUAAUCCACGAAUUCCAUCGCCUUACGGCGAUGAAAUCUUCUACUACGAUCAAGUUGAUUUGAUCAAGGAGGCUGCUGAAGGCAAAUCAUGGAAAUGGUGCGAAGUUCGGCCUGACCAAAUCAUUGGAUUUGUUCCUAAUGUGAGUGGUAUGACCUUCAUUGAGCCAUUGGCUCUAUACCUCGCUCUCUAUCGAUUCGUCAACGGCCCAGGUGCAAGCGUCACCUUCCCCGGUACAAAGACCAAUUUUACCUACACGUUUACAGACUCAUCUCAGGAUAUGAUUUCAAAAUCCGAAAUUUACCUGUCUGUGGUCCAGCCGGAUCAGGCUAACGGAGAAGCCUUCAACAUCGCCGACACUGAUGUGCCGGGACCGUGGACCGUCAAAUGGCCGAUUUUAGCUGAAUACUUCGGCCUCAAGGGAACAGGCCCAGGCAAAAGAGGCUGGGAAAAUCUCGAAGAGUGGUGGACUGAGCAUCAAGAUGAUUACCGACGGAUGUGCAAAACCUACUCUCUCGAGCCCCGUCAGGUUCCUCCUUCAUCGUGGAUUUUCCUCAAGACUGGCUUUACGCUGCUUGACCGCAAUCGGGAGAUGUGUCUUGACAAGAUUCGAGGCGUAGGGUUCAAAGAAGAGAUCCCUGUUGGUGCAGGUCAUAUCAUCGCCCUCGAGCGAAUCGCGGAGGCCAAGUUGAUUCCGUCUCGACAUGCGCUAUCCACCUCCCUAUUGUUGCAGUCAGAGUCGUCCAAAAUCAUGGACAAAUCUCCUGUCAUGGAAAUGGCAAGUAAUGUAGUCCAUUGA